UUAUUAAUUGGGUAUUUGCUCGGACGUCCACAAUAAACUACUGCUGCCAAUCUGUCACCAUGGCGGCUCAUAUUAAACACUAACCCCAACCCCUUCUCCUCUCUCACUCUCACCAUUUUUCUCUCCUCAACCCAUUGCCCACUCAUCUAUUCACUAUUUCUAUCAUAUUAUAGUUAUAUAAUUAAACAUAGCAAUAGCAAAUUAUAUAUACAUCAUCCACCAUCCAGAUUUAAUUUCACUCCAACCCAUCAUGCAUCACCGCAGAUUCAGCAAAUUAAUACAUGUGGCUGACCCAGAUGAGCCCGAGUCAGGGCCCGAGCCUGCCUCAGAAGCUGGGCCUGCUUCUCCUUCUUCCGGUGAAGACACUAAAACUGAAGCACCGUCACCCAAGAAAAGGAGGGAGAUGAAGAAGAGGGUGGUGACGAUACCGAUCGGUGACGUGGAUGGAUCUAAGAGCAAAGGAGAGAAUUAUCCACCGUCUGAUUCAUGGGCCUGGAGGAAGUACGGCCAAAAGCCCAUCAAAGGCUCCCCUUACCCAAGGGGAUACUACCGAUGCAGCAGUUCAAAGGGGUGUCCCGCAAGGAAGCAAGUUGAGCGAAGCCGUGUGGACCCCACAAAGCUCAUAGUCACCUACGCUUAUGAACACAACCACUCCCUUCCUUUUCCAAAAUCAAAUUCUUCCGCCGCUUCCGCCGCCGUAAGCGACGGCGCAGCCGUCUCGCCGAUAGAGUCCGCCGCCAGGUUCCCGCCGGAGGAGGAGAUGACGGUGUUCGCGACAGACUCCGACCUCGAACUCGCCGGCGACGCGGCGGUUCUGCUCAGCCACCACCACCACCACUUCGGCUGGUUCGAUGACGUAGCGUCCACCGGCGUCCUAGAGAGCCCGAUCUGCGGCGAGGUGGAUGACGUGGCGGUGCCGAUGAGAGAAGAGGACGAGUCGCUCUUCGCCGAUCUCGGCGAGUUGCCGGAGUGCUCGGCAGUUUUCCGGCGGAGGAAUAUUCCGGCGACCAGCGCGAUCCGGUGCGGCGGCAUCACAGGAUAACGCGGGUGGACCCUUUUUCUGUAGUCCCGCGUUGUUGCGUAGUGGUUAUAUUAUAUUAGCCGCCUGAAAAUCGUGGGCUAUUAAAAAAAGUUGGAAAAGUAAAGAAAUAAUUAAUUAAAUAAAUUAAUUUACAAUUCAUGGAUUUCUUUUUCUUUUUCUUGCGUUGUACAUUUGAAUAAACAAUUGAUUACAGCAAGCUACCUUCUUUUGCAGAAUUGAUCAGCCAUUGUUUU